GUAAACUUUUUUUCUUACCAUUUUUUUUAAUACUUCCAUUGCUCUUUUUUUCUGACGUCUUCUUUAAUUUAUUCUACUCUAUACAUAUCUGCCAUAUAUGUGUAUAUAGAGAGAAAUAUACUUCAAUUCGUUUCCAAACCUAUACUCUCCUCUCUCACAAAAAUGAACAACACCAAAAUGGAAAACAAAAGCCAUAGCAACCACCACCGGUACCAUCAUCUAUCAUCCCGGAGCCACGAGCAAAACCAGCGUGGCCUAAUUUCGAUAAAUGCCAUAAUCAUCAUUGGCAUCUCCAUUAUCUCCAUAUUCAUAAUCCUUGCAAUUCUCCUAAUAAUCAUUUUACUUCAUCGACUUAAAUCCGCAAGAGUCAAAGCACAAGAAUUAUCUUGCAAAGAAAGCUUCAACAACAUGAACAAUGGUGGAGCUUCCACCAACUACAGCUACACUUCUAGCCCUGAUGACAUCAAGAGAGAUUGUCUAUACUCAAGAAACCCAACAUCGUUCAGACAAUUACCCCCACAGACAAAAAGUUGUAGGAGAAGCCGAGCCGAAGGAGUAGAAGUGUACACAUACAAGGAAUUAGAGAUUGCAACAAAUAAUUUCAGCGAGGAGAAGAAAAUCGGAAAUGGAGAUGUGUACAAAGGAGUACUAAGUGAUGGAACUGUUGCGGCCAUUAAAAAGCUUCAUAUGUUUAAUGAUAAUGCUAGUAACCAAAAGCAUGAAGAACGGUCCUUUAGGCUUGAGGUUGAUCUUCUUAGUCGAUUACAAUGCCCAUAUUUGGUGGAAUUACUUGGAUAUUGUGCAGAUCAAAACCAUAGGAUCCUGAUAUAUGAAUUUAUGCCUAAUGGUACUGUGGAACAUCAUCUCCACGAUCAUAAUUUUAAGAAUCUAAAGGAUCGACCUCAACCAUUAGAUUGGGGAGCUCGGCUUAGGAUCGCCCUUGAUUGCGCCAGAGCCCUAGAGUUUCUUCAUGAGAAUACAAUCUCUACUGUUAUCCACCGGAACUUCAAGUGUACCAACAUUUUGUUGGAUCAAAAUAAUCGAGCUAAAGUUUCAGAUUUCGGAUUAGCCAAAACCGGAUCCGAUAAACUAAACGGUGAGAUUUCAACAAGGGUUAUUGGCACCACAGGAUAUCUUGCUCCAGAGUAAGUAACACUUCACAUAAUUGUUUCAUAUUUUUGCAAAACAAUUUUUUUUACAAAAUAUUAGCAAAGUGUGUUGAUCCAUUAGUGGUUGUUGACUAUCAAUAGUGUGUCACUUUUGAAUUUAAAAGAUGGAUUAUGAUCAGUCAAUUGCUCUUAACAUAACCAUUUAAAAACUUAUUGGGAUUGAGAUAGGUAUGCCUCUACUGGAAAGCUUACUACAAAAUCAGAUGUUUAUAGUUAUGGUAUUGUGUUACUACAACUCUUAACGGGUCGCACACCGAUCGAUUCAAGACGUCCACGGGGACAAGAUGUCCUUGUCUCUUGGGCUCUUCCAAGACUAACCAAUAGAGAGAAAAUUAGUGAAAUGGUGGAUCCAACCAUGAAAGGUCAAUACUCACAAAAAGAUCUUAUUCAGGUCUGACUUCAUUACUUCUUUCUAUCUUUCCUUUGCAAUGUGGAGUGUUGGGUUUUCCCUUAGUACAUUCCUAUAUGACAAAGAAAGAAGCGUUUAAUGUGGUUAACUUGGAAACAUAGUGGAUGUGGCUUCGCAACCAAUAGACUAUCUACCUUUGUUGUUUGAUCCACCACAACAUUUAUAUAACCAUUGAACUACUAAUGUGUGGAUGACAUACGCUAUCGAGAGGAAAUUUGUAUAUGGGCAAGAGUUGUGAAUAUAUUUUAUGAAACAGGUAGCAGCCAUAGCAGCAGUGUGUGUGCAACCAGAAGCAAGUUAUAGACCGUUGAUGACGGAUGUUGUUCACUCGCUCAUUCCCCUUGUUAAAGCUUUCAACAAAAGUACUGAUUCUUCUCGGUUUCCUAGCCGUAGAGAAAGCUUGUCAUUUGAUGAUAUUAUGCCAUGACACUCUUUUGUUUAAUAUGUAUUAAUUUCUCUCUUUUAAGUUGAGAUUCUCGUUGUUAUUGUAUAUUUGUAUAGGUAAAUGAAUCCAUUUAUCUUGUACUAUAACUUAUAUUAGUGUUGUUUAAUUGCCUAGAAGUCACUCAUUCUAAGUCCA